GCUGCUGUGAGUCACCCCGGCGCUGCCCAGGAAGGGCAGGGCUGGGGUGAUGACCAUGGUAACAGCCCAGUGGGAUUUCGCGACGUCCCCGGCGUGGAGGGAAUCGGUGUCUAUGGCAACGGCCACCUGGAGGAAGGGGCGGAACUAGAUCCCUUUGCUUGGGACGCUGACAUUCCAAGCCCUUAUCCUGCAGGCUCCCGCGGGCGGACAAGCCAGAGGAGGAGGCCGGGGAAUGGCCGCGGUGUGGCAGCAAGUCUUAGCCGUGGACGCGAGUUUCGGACCCAAUAUAUCCGUCGGCGCAGUCAGCUGCUGCGGGAGAAUGCCAAGGCUGGGCACCCCCCAGCACUGCGUCGGCAGUACCUGAGGCUGCGGGGCCAACUGUUGGGGCAGCGAUACGGGCCCCUCUCUGAGCCAGGCAGUGCACGUGCCUAUAGCAACAGCAUCGUCCGCAGCAGCCGCACAACCCUUGACCGCAUGGAGGACUUUGAAGAUGAUCCUCGAGCCCUGGGGGCCCGAGGGCACCGCCGUUCUGUUAGCCGUGGCUCCUACCAGCUGCAGGCACAGAUGAAUCGCGCAGUCUAUGAGGACAGGCCUCCUGGCAGCGUGGUGCCCACAUCAGCAGCAGAGGCAAGUCGGGCCAUGGCUGGGGACACAUCGCUGAGCGAGAACUAUGCCUUUGCAGGCAUGUACCAUGUUUUUGACCAGCAUGUGGACGAGGCAGUCCCAAGGGUGCGCUUCGCCAAUGACGACCGGCACCGCCUGGCCUGCUGCUCCCUCGAUGGCAGCAUCUCCCUGUGCCAGCUGGUGCCCGCCCCACCUACUGUGCUCCGUGUGCUGCGGGGCCACACCCGUGGCGUCUCCGACUUUGCCUGGUCCCUCUCCAAUGACAUCCUCGUGUCCACCUCGCUCGACGCCACCAUGCGCAUCUGGGCUUCCGAGGACGGCCGCUGCAUUCGGGAGAUCCCUGACCCUGAUGGCGCCGAACUGCUCUGCUGCACCUUCCAGCCCGUCAACAACAACCUCACUGUGGUGGGGAAUGCCAAGCACAAUGUGCAUGUCAUGAACAUCUCCACUGGCAAGAAAGUGAAAGGUGGCUCCAGCAAGCUGACAGGCCGUGUCCUUGCCCUGUCCUUCGAUGCCCCUGGCAGGCUGCUCUGGGCGGGUGAUGACCGUGGCAGUGUCUUCUCCUUCCUCUUUGACAUGGCCACAGGAAAGCUGACCAAAGCCAAGCGGCUGGUGGUGCAUGAGGGUAGCCCUGUGACCAGCAUCUCUGCCCGUUCUUGGGUCAGCCGUGAGGCCCGGGACCCCUCGCUGCUCAUCAAUGCUUGCCUCAACAAGCUGCUGCUAUACAGGGUGGUGGACAACGAGGGGACCCUGCAGCUGAAGAGAAGCUUUCCCAUUGAGCAGAGCUCACACCCUGUGCGCAGCAUCUUCUGUCCCCUCAUGUCCUUCCGCCAGGGGGCCUGUGUGGUGACAGGCAGUGAGGACAUGUGCGUGCACUUCUUUGAUGUGGAGCGGGCAGCCAAGGCUGCUGUCAACAAGCUGCAGGGCCACAGUGCACCUGUGCUUGACGUCAGCUUCAACUGCGACGAGAGCCUGCUGGCCUCCAGUGACGCCAGUGGCAUGGUCAUCGUCUGGAGGCGUGAGCAAAAGUAGGGUCCUGCAAGCCCUGUGCUGUCCACCGCCCCCCCACCUCCUACCCUGGCCUUGUGUUGUAAAUAAAGUUUCUGUGGUUGUGCUGAGGGCCAGAUCCCAGGUCUGCCAGGGGGCGGCAUGGGGGAGUGGGCAGCUCUGGGACCCAUGAUGGAAGGAGUUCCACUUAUUCAUGCAGUGUUGUGUUCAUUCAUUCAACAAGCACUUACUGAAUGUCUGCUGUAUCAGCCUUUUACAGCCAUGCAUUCAACAGUGUUGAGCACCAGCUGUGUGCCAGGAACUGUUCUAAGCCCUGGGGAUACAGCCGUGGCCUAAUAUGACAGAAAUCUCUGUCCUCAUGGGCUUGUAUCCUAGUGGAGGCAAGCACACAAUAGACAAAAGCAUGGCCAGUCCCCCACUUAUGAUGAUUCCACUUAUGAUCUAUCCACUUUCCUACUUCUAAACUCUUUGAUGGUAUGAAGGCAUACCCAUACUAGUCUGUUUUUUCACUUUCAGUACAGUGUUCAGUAAGUUACAUGAGUAGUCAGUACUUUAUUAUAACGUGGGCUUCGUGUUUGAUGAGUUUGCCCAACUGUAGGCUAAUAUAAGUGUUCUGAGUACCUAUAAGGUAGGCUAGGCUAAGGUAGGAUAUGUGGUAGGUUAGGUGUGUUAAAUAUAUUUUCAACCUAUAAUGUAUUUAUCAGGAUCUAACCCCAUUGCAAAUCAGGAAGCAUUUAUAUGUAAUAAGUCAGCUAAAGAUAAGUGGUAUGAAGAAAAAUAAGGCAAGGAAGGGAGAUAGUGUGGGAGUGGGGGUUGCAGUCCUUUUGGUGAUGUCAUUAGGGAAGACAUUGUUGACGGUAUCAUUUAGACAGAAGUCCAGAAUGAAAUGAGAGGGAGCCAUUGUGUAUAGGAGAGAACAUUCUCGACAAAGAAAAAAGCCCGAAGAAAUGCACUGGAGGCUAUAGAGGGUGCCUGAAGGAUCACUGUAGGCCUGAGCGUGGUAAUAGGUGAGUUCAAACAGGCCAGGUGCUGUUAGGGGUUCAUGGGCCAUCGUGAGGACGUCAACCUUUUUCUUGAGUGAAGGAGAAGUCACCAGUUGUAAGCAGAGGAGGAACAUGAUCUGGUGACAGUGGAGGAGUUGGGUAAAUGAUGCUGGGUUCUGUCCCAGGGGAUUCAUCAUAUUAGGCUGUAGAACUCUGCCAGGUCCUCCAGGAGGCUGAGACUCUGCAGAUCUUCCAAAUGAUAGCUCCUGCCUGAGUGGGCCCCUACUUUUAUAUUGGACUGUUUUCCACAAGCAGGGAGUAGAGAUGUUGAUUUCUUGGAGCGCCCAGUUGGUGCAGAUAUCCGUGGACCCUGAGACAGCUUGGGGCUUCUGCUGUGGGAUGGAGGCAAUGGCAAAUCUCCCAGACCAUUCUUUUCUCCUCCUGUGCACACCCAGGGCCCACAUCAAGCACUGCAAGAGCUCAGAAACCAAAAAGUGAUGUUCAGUAAGGAACCCUGAGUAAGGAGAGAUCAUUUGGAUUUUGACAGGGAUAAAUAACCUAAGUCCCUUGUUAAUAAUCAGAAUGACCAGGAAAUGUCCUUCCCUCUGGCUCUGUAUUCUGCCAUGAAUAUGUCAAUUUGAACUGUGACUAAUAUCUUAGGACCUCAGGGUCAGCCAACAAAGUCAGACUCCAGCCUGGUGUCCCAACAUUGUUGAGCUCCAGAACUAACACCACCAGUCUUCUUGGGGCAGGAAAAUAAUCUGUUCAGUUUCCUGAUAUUUGGCAAAAAGAUUUCUGAUACUUCCCUCUGACAGAACUUAGGCAAAUGGUGAUAAGCCAGGGACAUAGGGAGCUGGGUCAUUCACACAUAUUGUGUAUCAUUGUCCCCAAUAACAACUACAGGUUCAGUAAUAUGCUAAGAGGACUCAUAAGACCCAGCAUAUGGUUGUAUUCAUGAAUACUGUUUAUUACACCAAAAUACAGAAUAACAUUAGCAAAGGGAAAUGGUGCCUGGAGCCAAGUUGUGGGGAGACCAGGCACAAGUUUCCAAGGAUCCUCUCACAGUUAACUCAUCGGAUGUGCUUAGUUCUCCUGGUAAUGGGGUUGUGACAGUAUGUGAAAUGUUGCCAACCAGGGAAGCUCAUCAGAGACACAGGGCUAGGGUUUUAUUGAGGGCUAGUCACAGAAACACCCCUUUCCCAGCACACUGGCCCUUAUCCAAAUUCCAGAUUCCCAGAAGGAAAGCAGGUGUUUGGCAUGAACCACAUUCCUUGUGCAAAUAAUUGAGGCACAGUGAGCCAUCCUUACCUUUUAGGGAGUCAUGGGAACACUUCUGAAAUAUAAGUUCCCAGACAGCAGUCAGAACCAACCUUGAAGCAGGCCUUUCCAAGGAGAGCAGUUCAGAUCUGCCAUGUUAAGUCUUCUGCACUAUAUGCCACACUAAAUAGAUGCUCAGUUUCAGCCAAGGCCUCUAGAUGGCAAGAUAAUUAUGGAGCACCUCAGUUUUCUUAACUUCUUUUCAUUACACUCUUCAUGGUUUAUUGAGUCUGGAUUCAGGAUGAUUGGUCAUGAUUGUUGUGCAUGAUUUUGGGGGGUUUCCUCCUUGUGAAAUUUUUGAGGUGGCAGAGUUAACAUUUCUACUUUAAAUUCUUCUUGUUGAUACUUUUCUUUGGCUGCAAAUCUAAGGGAAAAUAAAAACUGGACAAAUAAUAAAGAAUAAAAAAUAACAUACGUUGGUC